AUGUCAUCGAAUAUGAUUCGAUCAUCACCAAUAGACAAUAAUAAUUCAACAAAUAAUGAUAAUCAUAAUAUAAGCGAUGUUCUCUUAUAUGCUGAAUCAAAAAUAACACGAAAACAAGCUGUACGUGAAAUAGCUGAUGUUGUCUUACGUGCUAAUAUGAAACCACGAACAGUUAAACAUGCAUUACAAUUACUUAAAGUUCUCUUACCACCUGAAAAUACAUUACCAUCGACGGUUAAUGAACUUUUCGGUGCUAUGUUAUCAUCGGAAAAUGAUUGGCGUUUAGCUCAAUAUUUAAUAAGACAUAACCAACGACCAUCCUUUUUAUCAUCACCUAAUGUAUGGAAUGAAAAUUCAAAUUCAAAUACAUCACUUACUGCUGCUAGUUCAUCAUCAAUGUUACGAAAUCAAGAAUUAAAUACACCAACACAAUCAUCUUCUUUAUUUAUACCUAUUAGUAGCAAUGGUGGUGAUGAUAGUGAAUCAUCAACAAGCUCUGAUGACGAUGAUGACGAUGAAAGAAAUAUUAUUCUUGCUAUACAAAGAUCUCAACAACAACAACAACAACGUCUCAUAAAUUCAUCACCAUUGCAACCAAUAAUUGAAAAUGCGGAAGAUGUAGGAAAUAAUCUGAAUAAUAUUAUAUCAAUUAAUAAUAAUAAUAAUAAUGAAUCAUCAGAUUCAAGAUCUCAUAUAGUAUCUAGUUCAUUUAAUCCUUUCCCUUUACUUGGUUCAUUCAAACGUCAACGAAGUGAAACUUCAUCAGAUGAUUCAAGUAGUGAACCUGAUUUAUUUUAUUCAACGAGAUUAUCAGACAAUGAUGAUGAUGAUGAUGAUGAUGAUGAUGACGAUGAUGAUGAUAGUGACAACGAAACAUCAUUUUAUCCAGUUUCUAAUAAUAACAAUAAUAAAUCAUGCUGUUUUGAAAUGAAUGGAUGUGAUCUACUUGAUGGUGGUAAACGACGUCGACAUUAG